GGGCCCAAGGGCAGAAGCAGGGGUUGUAUAGCUCAUACAGUAUCUUGAUUUCUCAGAUAAUAAUAAUUGAAUGGUAAGGUGUGUCAGUUUCUGAAACAAUGAAAAUUUUACUGCUGCAAUGGAAUUACUCUGCGAGUAGUCAGAGUAUUGUUAGAUCAGUUGUGAUUUGUUUUGUGCAGUUGCAAUCUGAAAACUGGAAUAAUAUAAUACCUUAUUCGCAGAUUUGACAGCGUAUAUGAACGUUGAUAUACUGGUUUGAUAUUCAACUAUAAGCACUAAGGCGUUGCUGACAGGGUGGUAUAGUGGACAGUUAGAAUAAUAAAUCACGAAAUAAUACAUACUCCCAAUAAUAGUUUUAUUGCUUUAGAAAUAUGUGGAAGUCUUGGAAAGAAAAUAAAUGCCAGCCUAAUUUUUGGAAGGUAUUCAGUUAGUAAAUAAUAAUCUAAUCUAUAUUAUGGAAUUCAUGGUUAAGUUUCUGCAAAUCUGAGUGUAUCAUGCUUUCGAUAUUACAUAGAAUCUGAUGUAGUUAACAGUUUCGAAAGUCCUUAACAAUGCCACUCUGUAAUUAUUACAGGCCAUGCAGCUUCACACCUUGACGUAAUGUUUAUUUUAGAUGGUACAUCCUGAUCCGAAAACAUCGUGUGGUCCGUAUGAACCAGACAAUUCCAAGUAAACACCGACUCUUUGUCCAUGCAUGAAUGGCUGUGAAAUUGUUAUAUUUUACACUAUAUAUGCAACUUUAAGUAAAAUCAUUCUUAUUCUUACGUGUGGGGGACUGGCACGGUAUUUAUCAAUACUAUAAAUAGGGGGAAAUUGGGGAAUAUUGGCUUAAGCCUGGCGCACACGAUGCGAUUUUAGUCGGCCGAUAAAAAUCGUUUGACUAAAACUAACAAAAUCGUUGUGUGUGCGGUGUCAUUUUUAACCGAUUUUUGUUGCUUGAUUUUAAUCGGACAUCAAAACGUUUUGAUAUUAUACGAUUUUUAUCGGUGGAAUUUUAAGUAUAACCAAUCAGAUUUCAUGCUGUGAUCACGUGCUUGUAUUUAUUUGGCAACAUGGCGGCUACAGUUCAGGGAGCGUAUUUUUUUCGUAAUCGUGUGCGGAGUAUACCGAUGUAUAUCGGUAUGUCAAACGAUUUUUAUCGGCCGACUAAAAUCGCAUCGUGUGCGCCAGGCUUUACAGUGAAAUCGGUUAUAUCUAGAUGUUUCGCACACAGUAGAGUAAAGGUUGUGAUCGGAGUUAAGAUCAAAGGAAAAUAUAGAUAUUCAUGCGCUAAACAUGCACGAGGAUAUCACCGAGAAAAUAUUUUAUUCCUGGAAUAUAAUUUUUCGCGAGAUUUUUCGCAUUCCCUGCGAUUAAUUGACGAGGGAAGACGAAAUUUAACCUUUUCAUCCCUUUGAUUGCAUUGUCCACCAUGCAGUUAACACUUUUUGAAAACAUCAGUGAAAACGAAGCUUAUGCCACUUGUUACCAUUACAUAUAGGAAGUACAGUGAUGGGAGUCAAGACGCGUCAUUUGCCACUGAGCAUAACCACGACACAAUAGGUAAACCAUGAUGCACAUGUCUUUCCGUUAUGUACAGAACUAGUCUAGCUUAAUUGAAAAACUUUCAAGACUGCCGGUGAGCAUUAGUUACCAACGCCCUAGGGCAUUUCGUUUCACUGACAUUUUAGACGAUUUUUUAGGCAAAUACACAAAUAAACAUUUUAAUUACUGUAUGUUAUCUAAUCGCAACAAAGUGCGCAACAAAUUCGAGCAACAAUAAAUAAGGCAUACCUUAAAUUUCGGCGUAUUUCAAACUCAACUGUCUUUCUCGUGUAUAUAUGUUUGCGAAACCGGCUAAAGGAUUAUUCAACUCUCAGAAAUCGUUAAAACAAAGACACCAACGUUAAAAGUGCAAAUCACUGUCGAUGUUUUAAAGUUUCAAUAUAUGAAACGAAACAAACACCAAGCUUCUUCAACUAGCGCGCAAGAAAUGUUUCACAUUUAUCUUUCCUUAUAACACAUACUUUUAUUGUGCGAAUCAGGUUUCUUCAGAACAAUCAUAUUUUCCAUUCAUUUCGUCUUUAGGUAUGAUUGUAAUGGAUGGAGCUGGAAGAGUGGCAGCUGGGACGACUACAAAUGGAGCUAACCAUAAAAUCCCAGGGUAUAUACUGCCAAUAUGAAAUUGAAAAAGCUAGUGCAUGUGUGGGUGGGCGGGUAGAAGAGUUAAGCCCCGGUCAAACGGGGAUGAGAGUUGAUCAGAGUCACCGCCUCUCAUGCACUCGCAUGUUUCCCAGAACCCUGUACAGUAUAUUAUCUAAAAUAGUGAUUGAGAAUUCAAGCACAUGUAAUCGCUAAUACUUCGUGUUUUCAGUCGUGUAGGUGAUUCACCAAUUGCUGGAGCCGGAUCGUAUGCUGAUAGUGAAGUAGGAGGAGCAGCUGCCACUGGUGAUGGAGAUAUCAUGAUGAGAUUUCUACCCACGUAAGACUGCAAACCAAUAUUUUCCUCAUCAGGUAGUCGUGGUACUAGAUAUAUACACGCCGGGUUAAACGUGUUGUUAUCAAGGAAACAAUUUUGUGUGUUGUGAUUUUUGAAGUGUAACAUUAAGAGAUUUAAGUUAAGGCUUAUCUGUAUGAACAGGGUUCCACUAUUUUUCUUGUUACAAAAACUGUAACCCAAUUGACGAUUUUCGUUAUUACGUUUUCGUAGCGCUUUGCAUUGUGGUUAUAGUGGUGUCACUGAUAAAGAUAGUGGCCUCGAAUGAAAAUAUUGAAUGUUUUCUUGAAUAUUUUGCUGUUGGCUAUAGCGCACCUGACCCUAGCGUUUUUAAAAGUUCUUGCACGGGUCAGGACAAAAAAUAAGCCAUCUUGAAUAUCAGUGAUACCACUAUAACCACAAUGCAAAGCGCUACGAAAACGUAAUAAGGGGAAUCUAGUAUUGCGAUGCAGCGUACAACUCAUUGUAAUGAACGAUCUCUUUGUAGCUAUCAAGCAGUUGAGAACAUGCGUAAUGGAAUGAGUCCAGGGAGAGCAGCUGAAGAUGCAGUUCUGAGAAUUGCAAAGCAUUAUCCCAAUUACAGUGGCGCUAUUGUUGCAGCAAAUGUAGAUGGAGAAUAUGGUUAGUAUCUACAGUAUAAUUAUCGAUGGUCAGUCAAAUUUUAGUAUAUUUUUAUGUGCAAGUUAUGUCACCGCCGCCAAGUUGGAUAAGUCAAAUUUCAUCCAAUAUCACAAAAAUCACUUUUCCUUUGAAGUUUGAAUCCCUUGGUUCUCUAUCACCUACCCUCUAUAUCAAAUUAAUUUUAAUUGAUGUAAAAAUUUAAUGAUCAAUAAUUGAUAAAAAAUUAUUUAUUGCAGGUGCAGCAGCACAUCAGUGGACAACAUUCAAAUACUCCGUGUGCAGUCCAAUGCUUGAUCCUCACUGUCAAUAUUUUCCUGUCAAACCUGUAUCACACCACACGCAAACUGUAUGAAAAUUUACAAUACAAACUACGAUGACUCGGAGAAAGUAAUGUUGAUCGAUUAUUCCGAUACUUCUAAUGUUUAGUACACAAUUAACUGGAAUGUGCUGGGGAACAUUUAUUCUAAACUGACUCAUCCUGCUUUUAAUGGAAAAUCUUCAAAGGCCCACGAGAAUAAUUUAAUGCGCUGCAUUCUAUUGUUCUGUAAGCUCGUUUUCUACUAGACAAAUUUGUUAAUGCGAAGCGACUUUUUCGUUUCUCGGCAUCGUCCAUCAGGUCAGCAAACGCGAUGCCGAAAAAGGAAAAUGUAAAGCAUUCCCAUGGAUCAUUGCGUGAUUUCUGGAACAAUUUAGAGGUAAAUCUAAACUGAUAAACCAAUAAACGCUUGUUUACACCUAUACCGGUCGACUCCUGGCACUUACAUUGUUGUAAAUUAUCAUAUAUAAAUUAUAAAAAAUAAAAUAUUAUUGCAAAUAUCAUGAAUUUGUACAGCUUCCAAGUUGAGAUUUUCACCACAAAGCAAGCCAUGAGAAAGUCCGCCAGCCAGGAAUUUUUUUAAUCUCACAG